CUAAAAACUGCCAGGGCCUAUGGAUCUCCAACUGCUCUUGUGCGGUCGCGCAUACAGCGUCGUAACUGUGUCUUACUCGGGUAAAAACAUGUGAGACAUCUGCAGCGGCCAACGAGUAUGGCGCUCGCUUUGACCCUGGGAGGUCUAGGUUGUUACCUCUUGGUUACGAUUUGCACAGGGUUAUCGCUGCGCAACUAAUCUCCCACACGCUACGCUUUGGUCUAGCCAACAGUCCCUGCGACGGAUCUGUAUUGCGCGUUCUCUAGAUCGAACAAGCAAUUGGUAGUCCAACACCACCAUGGCGGCAUUGUAGCUUAGUUUUCUGAGUGGAGUCAUGCGUGAAACCGGAAGCGUGUGCUCUGCUCGUGCUCUGCUCGGGUAGCCUACUAAUAAGAGGCCCGAGGGAAGUCGAUUACAGCUUUGAUAGGAGGGCGGCUUCUGGACAAGGUUCCCCACAACGGCUAGGGCAAUACUAGACGGCCAGAGGAUCAGACAGCGCUUGCGGAGAACUCCUGAGCACCACCAAGCCAUUAAUAUGGGGAGCUUGGUUGCUCCAGGGUUGGACUUUUUAUCUACCGCCAUGGCAGACGUCAAUUGCCUUUCUUCAUAUUCAACCAGUCUUGUCUAAAUAUAUGGAAGUGCCACGCCAACCAUGUCAAAACAUAUAAUCCUCUCUCUCCUCCUCCUCCUCCCCUCCCUCACAUCGGCCUCCUAUCCCACCUCCGGUCCCGCCAUAACAGACCGCUACUGGGACUGCUGCAAGCCCUCCUGCGGAUGGAAAGGCAAAGCCAGCUUCAACUCCCCCGUCUUCUCCUGCGACAGCAAUAACACCCAUCUCAGCGACUUCGACGCCGGCACUGGGUGUAAUGGCGGGAAUGCAUUCUUAUGCGCUGAUCAAUCGCCCUGGGCGGUUAACGAUACGUUCUCCUACGGCUUCGCGGGGGCGUCGUUCCCGGGAUAUGUUGAGGAUGCGUGGUGUGGAGCUUGUUACCAGCUGGACUUUACGAGCGGGGAGGUGAAGGGGAAACGAAUGGUCAUCCAGGUUCACAAUACGGGAUAUGAUGUACACACUGCGAAUAGAUUUGCUCUUGCCAUUCCAGGCGGAAAUACAAGCUAUGCCGCGGCAUGUGCGCUCCAAUACGGCGUCUCUAAUACAGUCUUCGGCGAGGCAGAUGUCGGUCUCAUUACAGCUUCUCAGUGCGACAAGCUGCCCAAGGCUCUACAAGCGCCGUGUCAUUGGCGGUUCAAUUGGUUUCUAGAUGCCCAGCGACCGACCGCGAAUUUUACGCGGGUCGAAUGCCCUGCGGUGCUGACGAAUCGAACGGGAACAAUUCGAGACGACGAUAAGACUUUUGUGACACAAUCUUCGGCGCAAAAGAGUGUUUAUUCGCCAUAUCUGCUGGCUGGUUUUCUGGCUUUGCUAUCUGGUAUCGUCCUUAUUUAAGUGGGGUUUACACGAUGGGAUGGAAAGUCCCUAGAUGGGUGGAGUUUAUACCAGGUGGGGAAGGCGCAUAAAUUUUUAGGUUUCUGUGCCGGGGAGUUCUGUUAGAGUUUGGGGCGAUGGGCUAGGCGUGGAUAUAUUCAUGGAGUAAGGGAGAGAUGAUGGGUGGUAGGUUGGGAAAGGCACAGCUAAUAUAGAGCUCAUAGAGAUGACUAAACCUUAUAACAGGAAAGUCAGUCCUGGUUGGUUAUAAAUAUAAAUCAGACUUAAUAUUGCGCAGCUGGAAAACAUUCAAAGAGCUAUUAUUUUUUAUUUAAUGUCUAGUCAUAUGUAGUAAUAUAUAUCCAGCGCCGUACUCCGU